CCCGGUGGCAGGGCCGGAUCCUGACCCCGUAUAAAGCCGGUGCUGAGCUGGCGCUGGGACCGAUGUGGCCGGAGGCAGGCGGGGAUGGAGCCGGUGGCGCUGCCCAGGGGUACCUGCUCGCUGGCAUGUGGGGGGGCCGUGGCGGGACCCCCGGGGUGCUGUGAGGAGCGACUGGCCUGCCUGGGCCCGGGGGGGGACACCUGCGCUGCCCGUGACGGUGCCUUCGUGGAAGUGGAGCCCGGGGAGAACCGAGAGGCGCUGACGGAGGAUGACAUCUACUGCCGCUGCCUCUCCAAGACGCUGUGCCACACGGCCACCCCUGUCACCGUUGGCUUCUACGCGCCCUGUGGCCACCGCCUCUACUCCCUGCUGGACAAGGUCACCGGCUUCAUGCGGGAGGAGAUGGCUCAACGGGAAGAGGCCGAACUGCACCGGAGCCACCAGAAACCACGGACCCCUGAGGGCUGGGGGUUGCUGUUGGCCCUCUGGUACUUGGCCUUCUACAAGCCCAUCAUCACCGAGAGCCACCUGAGGAGGAAGAACAUCGAGUUCAUCUUCAUCCGCUUCAGCGCCUGGCAGUAUGCCGGCUGCGACAAGCUCUGGGCCGGUUUGGUCACCACCCUCUGCGACAGCAUCCGCCACCAUUUCGGGGCUCUGCCCCUCAGCGUCUACCACGUCAUGGGCACCCGGCCCCGCUUCGCCUCCGGCUUCAGCCAGAAGGAGUGGGUGCUCAAGAAGGGUGCCUGCCUGAAGCUUUGGGGGCUGCUCUUUGUCCUCGGUGCCGGCCUCAGCAUCCUGCUGGUGGCCCUUUUGGUGCCCGGCAUCAAGGAUCACCACGCUUUGAAGGUGGUGGGCAGCGCCGUCACCUCCCUCUCCGGCUCCGGUUUGGUGCUGGGAGCUUUCUCCAUCUUGAAGAACCUGUUGGUCAGCGAGAAGCAGAAGAUCGAGCGGCUGACCAACAGCGAGAAGUUUGCCAGCCAGCUGGGCUUCAUGAGCAAGGUGCGCAACGAGGUGCAGCUGCUGGUUGACUUCUUGGCCUUUAUGGAGAUCUUCGAACGCCGGCGGCUCCGCGUGGUGCUGGAGAUCACCAGCUUGGACAUCUGCUACCCGGAGAAGGUGGCCGGUGUCCUCAAUGCCAUGAACACCUUGCUCUCCGACACCAACACUCCCUUCAUCUUCCUCCUGGCCGUGGACCCCAGCGUCAUCGUCCCCUGCCUGGAGCAAACCGGCUGCAUGAAGGGUCUUGCCGACAACGGUUACCUCUACCUCAACCGGACGGUGACGUUGCCCUUCUCCAUCCCCGAGAUGGGCGCCCGCUCCCGCCUGCGGUUCCUGGAAGCCGCCGUCCAAACGCGGGAGGACCUCAUGUACCGCAUCAUCACCAGCAACGUGGAACGCCGCCGCGCCAAAUGCCAGCACGUCCCGGCUCCUCCCAGCCGGCGCGAGACGGACGCUGAAGCUGUCCGCUGCAUCCACGAAGCUUUCCGUUGCCUCCACAACGGCGACGACCCGCUCGCCCGCUACCUCCCCACCGACGGCACCCACGUCCGCCGCAUCGUCAACACCAUCCCCAUCACCCUACGGCUCCUCCUUCACCGUGCAGGCACCCCUGGCACCCCCUCGCCCCGGGCUGCCGCCGCUUGGGUUGUACUGGCCGACCAGUGGCCGUGCCGGUUGAGUUGGGCGCUGCAGUGUUUGGAAGACGCUUGGCAAAGCCAACCGCCGCCGGCUUUUGCCACGCGAUCCUUGUGGAGCAUCUUCCAGGAGAACGUGGGCGAGCUGAGUGCCCUGCGGCAGCCCCUGCGCAACGUCCUCAGCCUGGACGGGGACCCCGAGCUCUUCCAGGCUUUUCUCGGCUGCGACUUCCCCUUCGCCGCCAGCGACGCCCGCGCUUUCCUCGGCGUCACCGUCAACCUGGACCACUCCAUCCGGCACAAGAUGGGGCUCCUCCGCGGGCUCAGCCGCCUGCAGAAAGCCGCCGCUGCCCCGGUGUCCCGCAGCGUCCAGUGUCCCCACCCUGAGUGAGGGUGACGCCGGUGCUGGGGCUCCAGGUGACGCCUCUCACCACGGGACCCCCAGAAGAAGCCGGGAUGCAGCGGUGGGGGCACACCUUAGGGCGCCCGUCACCUGUUGCUUCCCCCCACCCCGGGCAGACUUUGGGACCUGUUUGGGGACAAUUCUGCACCUCCCCUGUCCCCAAGAGAUGCUGCAGGGGGUGAAAAUGCCAGCAGGGGAUGGAACUGGGGGGACUGGAGAGACUGGGGGACACCCAAGAUGACCUAGAGGGUUCCAGGGGGGUGUCGCUGCCAUCCCGGGGACCCCAGCACCCAAGUGACCCCCCAACACCCCCACACCUGGGACCCCAGCACCCACCACCCCCCAGCACCCUUUGGGGACUGUCCCCUUGUGAGUGGGUCCCUGGGGGGGGGGCACAUCCUCCCUCCCAGUAAGCCCCAAAGCAGCCACUGGUGUCAGUGCUGGGGUGACCCCAAUGUGGGGACAUCCCCAAGCUCCCAGUGAAGCACCCCAGGGAUCGUCCCGUAAUAAACCAGUUAAAUCUGC